UUGAGGUGUCUCAGAGUUGCACAAGUGGAAAAGGUCGGAAAGACAUGUGUCAGCAGUUGUCUGGGCAGAGAUGAAAAAAAUGGCAUCAUAUAAGGUUGACAUCUGCAUUGACAAAGAAGCUGUCAUUGAAGAGGGACAAUGCGAGUGUGGAGCCGGGCAGGGUCCCACGGCACACUGCAAGCAUAUUGCAGCCGUGUUAUUUGGGCUCACUUCUUUCCGAAAUGCUGGCUCUAUUCUAACGGAAUUAACAUGUACUCAGGUUCUCCAGACUUUUCACAAAGCAAAAGUUUACAAGGGAAGUCCUAUGAAGAGCGACGAUUUUGAGGCAAUCCGUGGUAAAGAGGGAAGCUCUUUAGUGUUUGAUCCAAGACCACGGCACAUGCGAAACUCUGUGAACAGCACGAAUAGAUUUCGCAAUACGUAUGUCUGAACUACAUGCACAAGGGAAAAAAUCCGAUGCCAGUGAUGCACCUGUUUCCUCCUGCUAAUCCUUAUGCUGUUGCUUGUGACCAUGAUUACUUGGAUCUCUGUCCACGGGACAAAUUCCUGAAGGAUAACAUGAUAUGUUGGAAUAUUGUGUCCAUU